AUGAGCGUCCAUCAUCGAAAUGCCUCGUUAACACCCCCAGACUCGCCAGCAACGGCGUCGUCACCCGAAUACUCUUCUUCCAGCAGAAGGUCUAGCUCGAGAAGUAGCUUUUCCUCAGCAGACUCGACCUCCAGCAAUGCUCACCCUGCUGCCUCUCACCCUUCAGCCGACAUGGAAGGGCCCUGUCCUACCGUCCGCUUCGCAUCCCAGACCUCCAACCCGACUGAGGAUCCGACAACCACCUAUGACAUCUUCAAGAUGCCACCGACUAGAGCCCUACAGCUCUUAGCAAGGUCGAUGGAGUUCUUGGUUUCGUGUACUCCCGAGUCGAAAUUCCAACCUCCAGCGAAACCAUCAUCGACCUUCCCAAAUAUCGCAUCGAAUCCUUCUUGGGUUAACCCAUCCCCCGGACACCAAUCCCCUGUCGUCUCUCCACCUUCGCAAUCCACAUCCCCCGAGAAAUCGGAACCAGGGUUCGCAUUCAACACAACAUGUGUCGAUAACAUUGACGGAGUUUCAGUAAGGAGAAAGGCUGUGUCGCACGCCGACUCCGGGGUGCCGUUCUCGCCUUCGCCGCAACCCCUGAACAGCCCUGAUGACCGCUUCACCGGAAAAGUUAUUGCUGAAGGUGUCGAAGCUAUGGACAAUAUGACACAGUACUCGACAAUAACCAGGAAGUUCUGGUCGAAGACGGCGCCACCAAUCAGCGUUGAGGAUUAUCUUUUCCGAAUCCAUCGCUACUGUCCUCUGUCGACCUCCGUCUACCUAGCUGCCGGUCUCUUCCUUCACCGCUUAGCCAUCAAGGACAACAUCCUCCCGAUCACCACCCUUAGUGUUCACCGUGCUUUGGUCGCUGCCCUACGGGUUGCUGCCAAGUCGAUCGAAGACUGCACCCACUCACAGAAGCUGUUUGCUAAAGUUUCUGGUCUCAGCGAAGUCGAGCUAUCAAAACUGGAAGUUAGUUUCUGCUUUUUGACCGGCUUUGACUUGAACGUCAACGAAGCCAUGCUACGAAAGCAAGCCGAAGUCUUGAGGAGACAGGCCGAGAUGCAAAUUAAGGUUGGAACUGCUGGCUUGAUGAAGCGUGGCAGACUGGCCAUGAACGAUGAGGGUGAUCUAAUUGUCCGCGAACGCAGCCGAAGCCGCGUUCGAGGCAAGAGCCCAGCCCCCCGAAAGGUCAUGAUUGAUGUUUAA